CGAACUAGCUGAAUUCAAAAAGAAGAGAACUAAACGAACGUUAGAGUUCUUAUAUUCUUUGUAUUCAUUAGCGGAUACAUCGUUGGUUGGAGGGAUUGGGAUUGGGAGAGAGCAGGAGAGAGUGACGAGACGAAGCAUUCAUUCUUCCCCUUCCCUUCUGUAAUCUCUAGCCGUAGCAUCUGCGGGUUUUGCGAAUAGGCAGCAGUUCAAGCAUUGAACACGCGUGUUAUUCUGUACAUUGUUGAUUAUAAAUACAAUCUCGGAUGAUUAAUUCCAGGUUAUCCUUUACAUGAAAGAAUGGUCCGACACAAUAACCAGCUACCGGAUAACCUUCCACAAUUGCAAAAUCUUAUAAAACGUGAUCCGGAGUCUUACAAAGAAGAGUUCCAGCAACAAUAUCGUCACUACAAGUCUACCUUGGAAGUUUUUCGUCUUACCCCGGACAAAUUCAACAAGAGUCUCGAUGAAUUAUCCAUUUUUUUGGCCCAAGUGGCCCACUGCUACGCCGAGGAACUCGUCACGUAUCCGCAGGAAAUCGUUGAUAUUCUUCAGGAGCACAACACGAUUCUUGACAAUGAAAUGCGAAUGACUCUUUGCCGGACUUUGAUACUACUGAGAAAUAAAGGACUGCUUGAACCAACGGUUCUCCUGAGUCUAUUUUUCCAACUUUUGCGAUGUCAAGACAAGGCGCUUCGUCAAUUCCUACAAACCCAUAUAAUAACGGACAUAAAGAACGUAAACGCAAAACAUAAAAACGCAAGAGUCAACACGUCCUUGCAAAAUUUUAUGUUCACGAUGUUGAAAGAUUCAAACUCGCGAGCUGCAAAAAUGUCGGCCGACAUAAUGAUCGAAUUGUACAACAAGAAUGUGUGGAACGAUGCAAAAACGGUGAACGUGAUAGCGAGCGGGUGUUUUUCUAAAAUCACCAAAGUCAUGGUAGCGAGCUUGAAAUUUUUCCUUGGCACGGAUCCCGAAGAGAAGGGUAGCGAUGACUCGGACAGCGACGACGAGCCGAACGUUAAAGAAGUCGCAAUGGCGAACCGAGUCAACAAGAAGACGAAGAAACGUGAGAAACAAUUGAAAAAAGUAAAGCAGUUGUUCGCGAAGGCAAAAAAUAAAAAAUCGAAAGCGCCGGUAUUCAAUUUCUCGGCGUUACAUCUCAUUCACGAUCCUCAAGGUUUCGCUGAAAAAUUGUUCAAACAAUUGGAAAAGAACAACGACCGUUUCGAAAUAAAAUUGAUGUCGCUCGACGUGAUAUCACGUCUCAUCGGGCUUCACAACCUGUUUUUGUUCAACUUUUAUCCUUACAUACAACGUUUUUUGCAACCGCAUCAGCGAGAAGUUACAAAAUUAUUGCAAUUCGUAGCCCAGUCAUCACACGAGCUCGUACCACCGGAAAUCCUUGAGCCGGUUCUCAAAACGCUUGUCAACAAUUUCGUAACCGAGAGAAACUCCGCGGAUGUAAUGGCGAUCGGUUUGAACGCGGUGCGCGAAAUUGCGUCGAGAUGUCCGCUCGUUAUGAACGAAGAUCUCCUGAGGGAUUUGGCUCAGUACAAAAAUUAUCGAGAACGCAGUGUCAUGAUGGCGGCUAGAUCCUUAAUUUCGUUAUUCAGAAAUACGAUGCCGGCUCUGCUACACAAAAAAGAUCGCGGCAGACCUACCGAGACGACCGCUGCAUUGAAACCCUUGAAAUACGGUGAAUUUCCAGCCAAAGAUUUCGUCCCCGGUGCUGAUGUCCUGCUGGACGAUGAUGGACGCAAACAGGGAGUUGAAAUUGAUAGCGAGGACAGUGAAGACUGUGACGAGUGGGUUGAUAUUGAACACAGCAGCGGGGAAGAAGUCGAGGACAGCGAUGCUGAGGACGAGGGUGAAGAUGAGAGCGAAGAGAGUGAGGAAGCUGACAGCGAAUCUGAAGAAAUGAGUGAAGCAAAUGAGCAAUCUUCGAAAAAGCGCAAACUCGAGGAUGGCGAGGAAGAUUCGAAUCCCCGGAAAAUACUGAAAACCGCCGAGGGCGGAAACAAACGUAUGAAAAAAACUAAGCGAACGAAAUUGGACAGGAAGCGAGAAAAGUUGGAGAGACUGAAGAAGAUGAAAACAGAAAAAAGGGUGGAAAUGACUGCGGAGAAAGAAGGAAAAGCUUCGCAAAUAUCUGUGGAACGCUUGCUGACCGAUGAAGAUUUCAAGCGAAUUGAUAUGGCUUUGGUAAAACAACAAAUUACUCAUGCCAGAAAAGGAGGCGCGAAGAGAAAUGAUGCGGAAAAUUCGCGAGGUGAGCUUGUCAAACUGGGUGAUAUUGAAAAUAUAUACAAGAAACGAAAGCACGACAAGCAAGCUCGUAUGGAUAGUGUAAAGGAGGGGCAAAAAGGGCGGGAGCGAUUCGGUUACAAGGACGGUCGUCAGAAUCCUCUUUGUAGUAAAACAAAUAGGGAGAAAAAGAAGACGAAAGCUUUCCAAAUGAUUAAGCACAAAAUCAAAGGAAAGACAAAGAGAUCGUUCAAGGAGAAGCAAAUUGCACUGCGCAAUCAUCUUAUCAAGCAAAAGAGAAUGAAAUAAACUUUUAUAUAAGAAAGGUUGAAUAUGGGCAUCAAAACCCGAAUUAUACGAUUGUAGAAAAAAGCCCUACAA